AGAACAAACCCGGCUUGCGCUCCUCACUCGGCCCCGGAGCAGCGGUAGAUGUGCACUCCAACAACGGAGCGCCGUGUUACACAAGAGACGAGACGAACAUACACACCUCCAGAGACAACGAGUUUGUAGCUUUGAGGAGAGGAGAGGUGAGGAGAAUGCCGGCCAUAAUGAAAAACUCCGAUUUGGACUUCGAUUCCUUGCAGCCGUGCUUCUACCCGGACGAGGAUGACUUCUACCUGUGCGGUCCUGACUCGGCUCCCCCGGGCGAGGACAUCUGGAAGAAGUUCGAGCUGCUGCCCACGCCUCCUCUCUCGCCCAGCCGGGCUGCGUUGCCUGGCCGCGGUGACGCUGCGGACUGCCCCCCGCUGGGGCUGGGUCUGGGUCUGGGGCUCGGGCUGGCAGACCCGCUGGACUGGGCGUCCGAGCUGCUGCUGCUGCCACCCGAGCAGGACGUGUGGGGGGCAGCCGAGGCGGAGGGAGACCUGUUCGGCUCACCGGAGGGCUCACCGGGAGACUCUAUCAUCCUCCGCGACUGCAUGUGGAGCGGCUUCUCCGCGCGCGAGAAGCUCGAGCGAGCCGUUAGCGAGAAGCUCGCGCGGAAAGCCGUGGUUGCGUCGGCCGGAGCGAAGAGCAGCGCGGCGAAGGCGCCGGUGCCUCAGCGGGAACCCGAACCCAGCAGAGUCGUGGCAGAGUGCGUGGACCCCGCGGUGGUCUUCCCCUUCCCUGUGCUUAAAGGCAGGACGCCCGAGCAGGAGGAGUCCGGCAGCGACUCAGAUGAAGAUGAGGAUGUGGAUGAAGAAGACGAAGAUGACGAUGAGGAGGAGGAUGAGGAGGAGAUUGAUGUUGUCACUGUGGAGAAGCGUCGAUCCGCCACCAGCAAGUCUCUCAGCAGCUCCAACCCUCAGGCUUCCGCAACAGGCCGUCUGGUUUCAGGCGUGAGCAAAGCCCCACAGGAGCUCAUCCUGAAACGGACAGCAGCCGCCUCCAUCCACCAGCAGCAGCACAACUACGCCGCUCCAUCGCCCUACUCCGAGCAGACGGAGCCUCCUUCUGCUCCUCCCAGCAAAAAACACAGAGCCGAGGUCGGCGCUAAUCCACUCCGGAGCACUAAGUUUCACAUGGCCUCCCCGAACUCCCCCAGCGGCACCCAACGGCCCAGGAGAAGUGACGGCGGCAGCAGCAGCAGCUCUCGCGGAUCCGACUCAGAGGACAGCGAACGGCGGAGGAACCACAACAUCCUGGAGCGUCAACGACGUAACGACCUGCGCUCCAGCUUCUUGACCCUGCGAGACCAGGUGCCAGAGUUGGCACACAACGACAAAGCAGCCAAGGUGCUGAUCCUGAAGAAAGCCGCUGAGUACGUGGGAUCGCUGGAGACCCAGGAGCUGAGGCUCCGGCAGGAGAAGGACAGGCUCCAAGCCAGACGGCAACAGCUUCUACGCAGGCUGGAGCAGGCCAGGACUCGCUAACUGGUAGUGCUACCACUAACACGGCUCGCAGCUGCUGGCUAAACGGCUGCACGGCUCGUGGCUGAUGGCUAGCAGCCCAAAAAACAAACUCUUACGGCGGUGGUUUCCAACCCUCGUCCUGGUGUAGCCUUGCCCUGCUCAUUGUAGUGCUUUCCCUGUUUUAAUACAGUGGUUCUUAACCAACUGCUAUGGACAGUUUCAAGUAUUCCCAGUCCCAGCACAACAAUUCCAGCUCAUGGCAUGCUUUAUAAUCGCCUGAAGAGUGUUUGGGCUGGAAAUGCUUGAAACUGUGCCGGCCAAUGGAAUCCCAACCACAGUCUGGACACACCCACUUCAACUCAGGAAAGGCUUGUUUAUUGAGCUGGUUAGUAGGACCAGGUGUAUUAGAGCACGGAAAACACUAAAAUGUGAAAACAGGGGUACUCUAGGACCAAGAUGAAGAACCACUGCCUUACAGACACUCACUGCCGCCACUUUUUUUGCACAUUUUUUGACGUCAAGAAUGUUUAGGGUUUACUUUGUCACUUCAGUCACAUCAAGGACAAGCAAAAAAGCAUAAUUCAAUACAGCAGGGAAGGGAGAGGGGGAUAGAGGUGAAAAUCCCUUACUCUAUCCAAGUUUUCUUUUUAUUCCUUUGUCUUUUUGGUUCAGUGUUGACCAAUAAACCUUUUCUCCCUCGGACUUUUAUGCUGCCGCCGUUCUGGAACAUGGAAGUCCAAAAGGAACACUCAAUAAGACCACACACUUUGCCUUCACUGUCUUACUUCAAAAAUGACACAAAAAUUAAAACAAUGGACACGGGUCAGUCCUUUGUGGCUUGACUCACCCACACCUCUCUCACUGGUGCUGAAGCCCCUGGAUGUACCUCUGCGCACCUUGGUGUCAGUCACUUUUGUAAAUAGCUAUGAAAAACACACUCUCAGUCUGCCUUUUUUUGUAUACAGAACCUGGGUUUUUAUAAAAAGCAAAUGUCAUAAAGCUGCCAAUAACUAGACUGGAAGUUUAUAUACCUUGAUUAAGUACUGUAUGGCCUCGAUUUGUGAGGAGCUUUGUAAUAUAAUGAUAUAUUGUUUUUGUUUUCGUUUCUUAUUACCCUUCUUUGUCGUCACAUGAUACUUACUAAUUCCUACACCUAUGCUUUAGUGUGCUUCUGAUACAUACUAAAUUUGAUACUUAUAUUUUCGUAUGAAAAUGAGUUGAGUAGAUAUCACUAUCUUGUUUUAUCUCUUUUCUCUUUUAUGUUCAUUCUUUUUGUACAGAAUUUCAUCCUAUCAUUUACCUUGCCUCUUUUGUUUUUUUUUCUAUCGGGUUCAUAGAACUGGGUCAGUGGGAAAGUUUUUUUGUUUUUUUUUCUCUCUUUUUCUAAAUGUACAUUUUAGUGCUGCAACUCAUAGCACUUUGAAAUACCUCAUUUUGAAAAAUAAAUAGGCUUUGAAAAGAAAA